AUGCCGAACCGCCGGUCUCAGGCAACUUCGCCACGGCCACCGCUGCCGGCAAAUUCACCACGACCACUGUCCCAGACAAAUAUCAACGUUGCCACUGUAGCAGCCGUGGCCGCAAUUCUUGCUAGAGGUCGAAACUUUUAUGAGCACGAAAAUAGUCGGCCACCUGUUACAAAUGAAGAACGCGUACCACCCGUCAAUGUAACCAUGCGUCGUGAAGCUCAUAUCAUCAUUUUUAUCAUUUUGUCUUAUCAUCGUAAGUAUAAUAUACAUAUAUACAUGGUAAAACAUCCAUAUAACAGACCCCUAUAAAGCGGAAAUCUCCUUAAAACGGAAAACAACAACAGUUCUGCAUAAUUCAUAUCCCGUAUAUUUGAGUCUCCCUAUAACGGUAACUACUUUAGAACGGAAAAAUCAGCUGUUACCAAGCUUUUCCGUUAUAAGGAAGUUUUACUGUAGUUGCAUAAUAUAUAGAUAUUAUAAUAAUAAUACGAUAUAACUGGCAUAAUACAAUUUUCCGGGUGGCCGGCCUUUGUAAACGAUAAUAAUAUUAAAAUUCCAUUCGUCGAUUUCGCUUUUCAGACGGACACUUGCGGCUGGCCCCACCGUUGCCUGUGUCACACGAUCACUAUGCGAAUGAACAGAUUUUCAGAAUUUUCGAGCAGUUUCCCGGAAUAAGACGCGGCCGCGUCCAUGUUCGCCACGACCGUAUUAUCUUCGACAGGUAAUAUGCCAACAGAUAUUAUGAUAUAUUACAUAUAAAAAACACAAAUAAAGUAAAACAUGAAUAAAUAAAAAAACAAUGUUUAUGUAAAUAAUUUAAUACAAACAAUUUUUAUAAACCAAAUAGAUUAAUUGUUAGAAAAAAAACGCCGGAUUGUUUUCUAUUUAUUUCUUUUUUACUUUAUUAAUAUUUUUAAUAUUUAAUAUUUUAGUGAGUGUUAUAAUAAAACAAGUUUUAGUUUUCCAAUUAUUAUAUAUUAUAAAUUCGAGUUAUUUGCAUCACGGGAUCCGACCAUGUGGCCAUUAGGCCGUGUAUACUUUUGAGCAGAAAAAAAAACAGAUUUAUUUACAGGAUUAGGUACAUAUAAAUUUAUAUUUUGUUGGACCUACGAAUCCUAAAAAAAAUCUUUUCUCUCACUUAUCCAUAUAAAAAUCCUAUUUACGAGGGUGGUUGCGAAAGUGAGUUAAACAAACAUAAAUAUAACCCUUGAAAUCCGUUACUACACCUGGUCGUCGGUACCUAGAAGAUAUAUUACUUUUCCUCUCGACAGAACGAAAGUACGAAUUGUGGUUAAAAUGAAAUGAUACCAUGCUAUUAAAUAACAAAAACCAAAUCAUAAAUUGUUCAUUAAAUAUUAGGAGAACUGGGCGUAAUCUUCUUUCCAACUCCUUCCCCUAAACAAAUCACCAAGUUUUAUAUGGUUAACUCAUCUGCCUCAUAAAUUGAUCUGAUUACAAUUAUUUUUCUUUUUUUAAAUUUAUUGGAAAAAAAGAAGAAUUCUUACAAAUUCAUUGGAUUUUAAUUUUAAAAAUUUUAUUUAUUUUUAAAAUGAUAUAGUUAGAAUUUCAACAUGAACAAUAUUAACAUUCUGUUAAUUUUUUAUUAUUUUACUUUGGUUGUAUAAUGAAAACCCAGAGAUCAAUGUGCUUGGUAAAAAGUUUUCUUUCUUCCAAUAAUAAUAAAUAUACAUAAUUUAUUUUUAAUAUAUACAAGGUGAUCAACUUAUCAUGAAUCAGUAAUUUUCUCGAAAGAUUUUAUCUUAAUUUUAUUUGUAUUUAAAAAAUAAUUUUGGAAUCUUUUUAAGCUUUAUUUUAACAAUAUUUCCAAAUUGUUAUCCUACCCUUUAUACCUUAAAUGAUUGUAAACUCUGUAUUUCAAAAAAAAAAAAUAUCCUUUUUGAACACAGAUUCAAACAUAGAAUAUUGUUGCAUACAUUUUGAUAGAUAUAGCACUAAUAUCAGAUUCACUGCUUAUGAUUUAUAAUAGUUCAAAGUUUAGACCGGAGAUGUAGGUAAAGUUUAUGAAUUUAUUAUCUAAAAAUUAAAUUUAUUACGCUUCCCUAUAUCUCUAGUAUACAUUUUUAAAUGUUAAACCAUUAAAAUUUUUAAAAAGUAAAUUCGAUAUUAGUAUUAUGCCUGUUAACAUUUGUAGAAAAAUAUUCUCUAUUUAAAUUUGAAAGGAAUUGCUCUUUGAAAAUUAAAAGUGUAUAGUAAAUACUAAUUCCAUGUCUUAAGAGUAGAGAUGAUGAAUUAAACAUUUUGUUAAUUUAUAGAGUUAUAUAAAUAUAGAUAUAUAAGUUAUAGAGUUAAAACUCUAUAAAUCAUGUUUUGGACAAAAUAACAGUUCAUAAUAAGGCCACAUAAUACACAAAUUAAAACUGUUUUGAUUUUACGUAUGUUGCACUGCCUCCUGUCCUAUUUGGCUUUUGGGUUUUUCAAUACCAACACACAUUUUUUUUAUAAUUUGUUUGUAUUUGUUUGAUAGUUUUUAGAAUUUGUUUGACCUUCCUACAAUCACUAUAACUAAAAUGCUGGUGGAGGGCUGUAGAAACAUUUCUAUAGCUCACUGCCCUGUUUUAAAAUGAUCAGUAAAAGAUACCACCAUGUUUAUUGCGAAUUUAUAGGUAUUAUAUACGGUCAAAUUUAAAUUGUCUUGUAAUUAUUUUCUAAUUUACUAUUAAGUUCAAGUAAAGUUUUAUUUUUUAAAUUAAAACAAAAGCUUUAAUUGAAUAAGUAACGGCAAAUUAAUUCUUAAAACUGUCAAACAAAUACAAACAAAUUAAGAUCUAUAAUAUGGUACUGAAAAAACACGAAAUGUGUAGUUUUUUUUUAAAAUCCGGGGUUGAAGAAACAUUUCUAUAACUUCUACUUGGUAUUUUGGUUAUAGUGGUCGUAAUAAGGCCAAACAAAUUUUGAAAACUAUUAAACAAAUACAAACAUAUUAAAAACGAAUUCGUGGUGACAUUGAAAAAUCCAAAUUCAAAAAGAGGGGAUCAGUAUAACAUGAUUUUUGGUUUUUCGUUAGGAAUUGUUGUUAAAUAUAAACAAUUUGUUAAAAAAAAAAAAAAACGAAUAGAGACUCUAAGGGAAUUAAUUGUUACCGUUUAACAAACACACGGUAUAACCGAUUUGUGUUCUGUAGGACCAAUUUUAUGUUGUUAGUUUUAAUGUUCGAAUGAGUCGACCUAUUAUCAAACUAAUAGGUAAGAACAUUAUUGUAUUUAUAUGUGUUCAUCGUUUUUUUUUACAAUGUUUAAAUACUAAUAAAUCGAAAUUUGAUAAUACUCAUAUCUUGCUGAAAAAUGAACAUAUUGAAAAAAAAAAUCUGGUAUAAACACAGAAAAUGUUCUUAACUUUUAGCUUGAUAUAUGGUCUAUUUACUUUAAUUUAAUAAUAAAACUAACAGCACAAAUUGGAUCCAGCUGGAUGCGAAUUCGCUGUGAUAUACAACGUUUUAAAAUGGAAAUGGCACAUACAUGUAUGAAGAUGCCCUUAACAUUUUUUAUUAAAUCAAAACAAAAAAAUUGUCGCAGGGUCAAACAAAUAUUAUAUUGAAAGUUAAAAUAUAACGGUUUAAAAAAUACAAAAUAUAAAUUUUGUUGUUUGAAUACCACUGUCGCCACUCGAGAUCAACCCCUAACCGCUGUAUAACUAUAAUCCACUUGAUGCCGAGCACCGUAUACCUUUGUAGUCCAUUCCUUACAGUUUUUAUUUUUAAACUGCGUAUUAUUAUUACAAUUUUUUAUUUUUUAUAUAUAUUUAUGAAUGUAGAGAACAACUACCAUUUGCAAACGCGCCAGCCUUGCCAGCAUCAAGAGAUUACUUUUUGCGAGCUCGUCGUCAGGCAAUUCGUCGUAAACGCUUGGUUCGUCGUCAAGAAAGAGAACCAUUUUUCGACGACAAUAUUUGUCGGUAA